CUCAUUUUUCACCAUGGCUGUCUUUGUCUUCCAGAAAAACAGACUUUGAAUCAUUUAAAUUGUUCGCAGGAGCUGCAAAAUGUUGAGGAACACAAAUGCAAAUGAGGCUGCAGCCAAGAUAACAGCUCUCGUUGUAGAUGACAGCAGGAUCAACCAAAGGCUUCACCGCAAGCUCUUGGAGAAUCUUGGCAUUGAAAACCAAGUCGCAGGUAACGGAAAAGAAGCUGUUGAUGUCCAUUGCUCUGGUAAACAGUUUGAUCUUAUACUGAUGGACAUGGACAUGCCUAUCAUGAAUGGCAUUGAGGCAACAAGGACACUGCGUGCAAUGGGAAUUCGAAGUACGAUUGCUGGUGUAUCAUCACAUUCUCACUUUGAAACUGUACAAGAGUUUGUGAAGGCAGGACUAGAUGACUACCAAGAGAAGCCCUUAACCAUUUCUAAGCUAGUUUCCAUCCUCCAGAAGGUCAAUAGCAACUAGUGCAUAUUUGAACUUCAUAUGGAUUACUAGUGGAGAAACGAACAUCCUGCUUCUCAUGUAACACUCUGAAUAUGA